UUUAGGUGAUACUUAGUUUGAAGAUAGCAACCAUUGAAACCACCAUUGAAAUUAAGAUACAAAAUAGUACCUAACGGGAAAAGGAGAUGUUCUAUAUUAAAAGUCACGUAAAUUUAUAUGAAGAAAGUUAUAUUUACUGAGUUAAUAAAGAUUAACUAACAUAUUAAAUAUGUUCUCCUUAAACAGACACGGUUUUGUAUAUAUUAAGAGUCUUAUAGGUUAUACGCAUUAUCAAUAUCAUUACAUCAAACAAGUCAAACAAUAUUUACACGUACGGAACGCGUAUCACCACAUUAAUUGUACAAAACAUGAUGAAAUACAUUUAUCUAGUAUAUUGUGUUCCAGAAAAAAUAGAUGUAACAGAAGAAAUGAUUUAAAUGUUCAAAGUAAAGUGUCAUAUUUAUCAAUUUGCAGCAAAAAGUUUAGUACAAAGGCAAAUACAAAAGAUGCCAAUAUAUUUGGAGAUAUUUCGUAUGAUAGAUAUGAGAGAAUUAAAAUGGAUGAAGCUGAACAAGAAGAAGAGAAAAUUGCAGACUAUAUAAAUAUUCCAAAAUGGCAAAGAUACACCUCUGAUGAAUACUGUCAACUCAUUAAAUCUCAUAUAAUUAAUAAAGAUUUACAGUUGGCAUUAAAUGUACUGGAUUUAAUGAAAGAGAAUAGAGAAAAACCUACUUCAUAUAUGUACAAGCUUUUAAUUUCUGCAUAUGCAAAGCAAGGUGAUGUAAAACAAUGUUUUACAUUAUUUAGAAAAAUGAAGCAAAGAGGUUUAUUUACUUCUCCAAGUAUAUACACUAGUCUAAUUAAUGCUUGUUCUGAAACAACUGAUACAGAAAAAGCAUUACAAUGUUUGACAUAUAUACGUGAAUAUUUGUAUGAAAGAAAAAUAGAGUUAAACAAGCUUCAUUAUACAACUCUUAUUAAGGCUUAUAGUCGGCAUAAACAAAUUUUAACUGCUUUUGAAAUAGCAGAUGAAGCAAAAGAUAAAGGAAUUUGUACACCAGGUAUAAUUGCUGUUUUAUUUCAUGCAGCAAUUUCUGAUAAGGAAAAUGGAUUAAAACUUACUUUGAUGUUGUGGCAUAAAAUGAGGGCAACUAAAAUAAAACCAAACAUACUACAUUAUAAUCUUCUCUUAAGAGCAAUAAGAGAAACAAAGCUGGGUGACUUAAAAGUAAAUGAUAUUUUAAUACCAGAGUUAAAGGAAACUCAAGUCCAACUCAGUGAAGUAACAAGACCAGACUUAUUAAGUUCUCCUCCAGUAUUGAGUACUUCACUUAUUCCUAUACUAAGGAAAAAUAAAUCUAUAAUAUCAAAUGACAGUAAUUUAGAUGAUGUUGUUGAAGAAACACAGUUUCAAAAUCUAAAUGAUAUAUUAUGUGAAAAUCGGUUAAUUUUAUUUGGUGGAAUUGAACAAAUAUUAAAACAAAUGAAAGAUAAUGGUGUAGAACCUAAUAUAAAAACAUACACAUUACUUUUGGAUUUACUUCCAUCUACAAAUGAAGCAGAAAAAUAUCUUCUUAAAUAUAUUGAAGGAAAUCAUUUUCAACCUGACCUAAUCUUCUUUAAUAUACUUAUUAAAAGAAGAAGUCAGAGGAAACGAUAUGAAGAUGCCAAAGCUGUUCUUAAUCUAAUUCAAAUGCAUCAUUUUACGCCAAAUAUUUAUACAUUUGAGGCAUUAGCUCUUGGAUGUAUAAGGCAUAAAGAUGGGAUAGAACUUUUACAACAAAUGGAAACCAUUGGUUAUGCACCAGAUAAUACAAUUUUAGAAAAAUUAUUAUUCAAUGCAUGUUAUCAUAAACAUUUCAACUAUAUAUUAUAUUUAAUGGAUUAUGUAUUAAAACAUCGAAUUAAAUCAACAGCAAAAAUAUUAGCUAUGUUAGAAAAAUUUGAUGGGCUGUUAUUAGAAUGGACUACAGAUGGGGGUGAAUACAAUUACAGGAAAAUGAAUGCAAUCAGGAAAGAUUAUAACAAAUUUAAAAUAAAGUUUGAAAAUUGGAAGGAGAAGUUACAAAAAUAUGAAACUAUGAUUAAAGGACCAAAAUAA